AUGGGGGUCGGUCUCGCAAAACGCAUUUCCUCCUCCUGUGCAUUCUCUCGUCACGUUUCGCGUAAAAGUUCGUCUCGAACAACAACUUUAUCAUCAUCGAAGAAAAAAGUGCGCAAAAUUUUCAUCGAAAAACGACGGAGACGGUUUUCAGCGUCGUCGAUAUCCGUUUCGACGACGACGAGGAUGAUGAUUGAAGGAAUGGAAAAUUUGACCACCUCAGACAUCCAUCAACAGAUGUCCCACAUCUUCGACGUCGCCACCGGCGUGGGGCUUCCGUGCACCGUCCAGAACUGCGGCGAUAUGAUUUACCGGUCGACGUUAGAUCCGGAAUUACGAAGGGAGUUGAAACCUUUGUUCACCGCGCAAGGCGCGGCGCUGUUAUCGACCUUGUUCAUUUUCCUCUCCAUCACGCCCGGGGCGUUACCUGGGUACGUGGAAUACUACGUCGUGCAACCGAUACAAGAUCGAAUGCGGAAAAAGUACAGUUUGGAGGAUUUUACGUUGGGGACGAAACUCGGCCAAGGCGGAUUCGGGGUGGUGUAUUUCGCGACGAAUAACGAAACGGGAGAGCCGUACGUGUUGAAAAGAGCGGACGAUUACGGGGAAGCGGAGGAGUGGAUGAACCGAAGGAUGCAGAUCGCGGCGUGGAACGCGUGCGCGCCGUACGUUGGGUCGUGGCAAGGCGAGCCGUCGAAGCCUGGGGCGUACCCGCCGUUGUGGUUGGCGUGGAAGUACGAAGGCGGGAGGACGUUGUUUGAGUUUAUGAAGGAGAAGGACUUUCCGUAUAACUUGGAGCCGUAUUUGUUUCCGGACGAGGAGAGUUAUCCGAGAACGUUAGCAGUUGGAGAUCCGGAGAGAACGGCGGCGACGAUCAGGGCGAUAAUGAGUCAGUGCUUGGAUUUGUUGGUGCAAAUGCACGGGACCGGGAUUGUUCACAGAGACGUCAAGCCGGAGAAUUUAAUUUUCGACGAAAACACGCAGCGGUUCAAGUUGAUUGAUUUUGGAGGGAGCGCGGAUUUACGUUUCGGCGUAAACUACGUGCCAAAACAAUUCAUAUUCGACCCGAGAUAUGCGGCGCCGGAACAGUACAUCAUGAGCACGCAAACGCCCGAGGCGCCGUUUCCGCCAAUCGCUUUGGCGCUUUCGCCGGUGUUGUGGCAGUUGAAUUUACCGGAUAGAUUCGACAUGUAUUCGUUAGGGAUUAUGUAUUUACAAUUAUGUUUUAAGAGUUUACGCACGGAUGCCGGCGUGCAAAAGUUACGAAAAGAUUUAACCGCGAGUAACGAAUCGCUGAGCGCAUGGAGACGCGCGAAUGAAGCGAAGAUUAGAGACCCGGAGGCGUGGGCGAUUUUAGACGCGAACGACCAAGCCGGUUGGGAGUUUGCCAGAUUGUUGACGAAAAAGAUUCCAAGACGACGAAUAUCCGCCAUGACUUCGAAAUUCGACCGGUUUAUGCUAAACCGACCGUCUCUUUUGAAGAAAAUCGAUCGAUUGAUUCCGUUCCCGACGGGACAGGAAGUGAACGCAGACGGUACCUUGGCGUACGAUUCGUUCGGUUCGUGGUUACUUUUCCGAGUCGCGCGAAGCGGCACGGACGAGAGCGGAGGGUUCACCGAAGCGCAAUUGAGAGAGUUCGAAGAAGACGGCAACCCGGAAAAUCUCGAAGAUGCGAAGCAGUAUCUCGGGAUGGUCGCGAGCGAAGAGUUGCAAAAAUACGGCGUGAGCAAAGCGUUUCGAACGAUUUCAAACAAAGACAAGGAAAUCGUCAAAGUGAAAAGCGCGAGCGUGUCGUACGAGGAAGGGGAAGAAGGGUUUUUCGACGAAGACGAAGACGAAGAGAUCGUCGCGGGGGAAAAGAUUAGCAAUAGCAGCAGUAACAAAGCUAAAGGUGGAGUAGGAGGUUUGCUCGGAAACUUUUUCUCCUCCAAGCGAUAA